AGCAACCGUGCUGCGGUCAGGUACAGCGGACCACAGCAAUCACAAGUAGCGGUCAGAAGCGCCGGAGUUGGUAGUAGAAGGCUCAGGAGCGCUCUACUCCACCUCCCUUUUCUGCAGUUCGUGGGGCUGACUCCGCUUCUCCGCUGAUUCUCGGCUGUGCUGUUCGGUGCUGCGGUGGUGCUCUUCGCGUCGGUCCACUUCUCUUCCGGUGGGUAAGUGGAUUGAGUGGGUGCAGUCAACCGUUUGCAGCUCGAUCCUCUUUGCCUAUCACGAAUCAAUUUUCCGAAUGUGCUGCAUCGUAUGCCAUGGAAUGUGAGGGCUAUUUCAGUGCGAGAGAUUGUUUCAGUAUGGCGACCAAAAUAAGUCCGGUCAAGUAAUGCAGCUCCUCUGUCUUUCGUCGUAAGUCAUCGGACGGAGCCUCGUUAAGCUUCGUGUGCCUGCGUCUGCCUCGCAAUUUCUCGUGUGCAAGUCGUCCACAUUCUCCACUGCCGAGGGCGGCUGCAACCUUCUCUAUUUCCCCCUCACUUCCCAUUCUCGCAGUCCAGCUCAUUUAACCUAGGAGGCCUCCUCCCGUUCUUAUCGUCCCAAUUACAAGUGCCGCGGCUUGUGAAGUAGCAUACUGCUCCCGUGAGGAGGGAAGUGAAGUUGCACAAUGCAGGGCACCAUGGCCGCCUCAGUUUGCGGCUAUCGAGUCGCCUUGCCAAAGGCCUCGAUCAACUGCCGUGCACAGCCAAAGGCAAAAUUGAGCAGCCAGGUUGUGCGGUCUGCGGGUCUCAAAUCUUCUGCAAGAAGAGCAGCAGGUUCCUUGGGAUCGAAGUUCACUGGUGAACCCGUAGUUUAUCAGCAUGCCAGGUUUGAUCCUUUGGAACUCAAGCGAAGGAACGGAGGGAUAUAUGCCAUUGCCGCACCUGUUGCUCCUUACGCCCUGGAAGACGCAGAAGUGCGAGCACGCCUUGCUGAAGAAUAUGGAUUCCAGCAGAUAGGAGAGCCAGUUCCAGAAAAUGUGACAUUAAAGAAUGUUAUUGACUCACUUCCAAAAGAGGUUUUUGAGAUAAAUAACUUUAAGGCGUGGAGGACUGUCGCUAUAACAGCUGUGUCCUACACUCUGGCGUUGUUUCUGAUCUCGAAGUCUCCUUGGUAUCUGCUUCCUUUUGCGUGGGCCUACGCGGGAACUGCCGCAACUGGGCUCUUCGUUAUUGGACACGACUGCGCGCACAAAUGUUUUUCCAAGAACAAGCUUCUAGAAGAUAUUGUUGGAACAAUUGCCAUGAUGCCACUCAUUUAUCCUUACGAGCCAUGGAGAUUUAAGCAUGAUCGACACCACGCCAAAACCAACAUGCUCGUCGAAGACACGGCCUGGCACCCGGUUAUGCGCAAGGAGUGGGAGAAUUACCCGAAACCCUUGAAAUCGUUUAUGGAAUGGGGAAUGGGUCCCUUACGUCCGUGGGCUUCCAUUGGCCACUGGGCUCUGUGGCACUUUGACUUGAAAAAGUACAGACCGAGUGAGCAAAAUCGAGUGAAAACCAGCUUGGCAGCGGUAUUUGGUUUCAUGGCUGUUGUGUGGCCCUUGAUAAUUUGGAAGUUUGGAGUUGUUGGGUGGGUGAACUACUGGCUUAUGCCCUGGUUGGGAUACCACUUCUGGAUGAGUACUUUCACCAUGGUUCACCACACUGCCCCGCACAUACCCUUCAAGGACGUUAAAGACUGGAACUCAGCCGCUGCCCAACUAGGAGGAACUGUGCACUGCGAUUAUCCUAAAUGGGUUGAAGUACUGUGCCAUGAUAUCAGCGUACACAUUCCACAUCACGUAUCCCAAAAGAUCCCUAGCUACAAUCUGCGUAUGGCGCACGAUUCUAUUGAGAAAAACUGGGGCAAGCAUGUGAACAAAUGUACAUGGAACUGGAGGCUAAUGAAGACCAUCAUGACCCAGUGUCACUUUUACGACGAGGAGAAGAAUUACGCUCCUUUUGAUGAUGGGUUGGAGGUCGAGUCUAAGGUCAUUGGGCCACUGAGGAAGGUCAUGCCCAACACUGCGUAGAGAACUAUUUUCGUAUAGAAGGCUCAUCCGCAGUUUGGAAGGAUCCGUGCAGGUUCAUAACCUGUCUCCACGGCCUGCAUUUGUUCAAGUUUACUCUCGAUUUGAAGGUGGAGGAGCGAUGUAUUGACUGUUAAGUCUAUCCGUUCAGUUCCUGUACUGUACCCCCUGUCACCAGCCGACAGCUCAUUUGAAAUUUUGGGGUACCAUAGGUUGUGGAAUGUACCAUUAAUAGUGUAAAAUUAGAUCAAUAGCCAUGGCAUUAUCAUUAUCUGAUGAUGUUCCAGGAACAGAAUUGAAGUUGAUGUAGUAAACAAAAGCAAAAUUUUCGUAACUCGAGUUUGUCACCAUGUUAGAGACGAUCUAACCAUGAAAGCACAAGCUAACGAAACCCGCACAUUUCGGUUAAAUGUGAGAUUGUCUAUGACCAUUAUGACCAAAUCGGUAGAUGGUCUGAAACAUGGGACAGAUGGAAUGGGUGAGUGAUUUGAACCGGAGCGCAAGACUGUUGAAAUCAUGACGGCUGAGCUAG